AUGAUCAAGACUGCAGCAAAUGCCUUUGGUCUUUGGCAGCAGUAUGAGUACCGCCCCUCCUACGAUCCUGACAACACUGUCGAUGAAGAUAUGGUUCUGUCGCCACUGCCGCCUCCACCUGCUGGAUUUACAACCCCAGCAUCCACUUCCACCUCCUCUGACCUUGACAAUGACGAGAACUCUGCAAUCCGUCUCAUGAACUGGCAGAACUCGGGAAGCGAGCUCAAGUCCAAUGUGGAGCUGAAACGAUUGGUCAAUGAGGUUAUUCUCCAUCCCAAGUUCAACGUUGAACACUUCCACAAGUUCAAUCCAUCCAAGAGCAAUCAACAGCAGGAUGCAGCUGACGCCAAAUCACCGCACCUCAAUGGGUUUCAGGAGAUGAGCAUCUCAAUCGAAGUUCCAUCCAGGGACAAGAAUACCCCACCUUGUGUCUUCGACAUUCCUGGCCUACACUACUGCAACCUAACCUCUGUCAUUCGCACCACAUUCUCAUCGACCAUCGCAUUGCACUUCCAUCUUACUCCAUUCAAACUUUUUCACAACCUACCAAGGGCAACAGAGUGA